UCUUUCGCGUGAGAUGUUGAAGGGGUUGACCACUACCCAAUUAGUGAUACGACUAUAGUAAUUCCUUUCAAUUGUUACAAAAGUUGUGACGAUCUAUACCAUAUUAUGCAGCAAUUGCAGCAUAAUAUAAAAAGGAGGGAGCUUGUUCUUGAUCUUUUUAAAUUAUGCAGCAAUUGCAGCUCAGUAAUCCAGUUGCAUUCACUCACCAUCAAAACAGGCUUCAUUAAAGAUAGUUUUAUUGCCUCCAAAUUAACCAACUGCUAUGCCAAACACGCCACGCUUGAGUCCGCACGCAAGGUGUUCGAUGAAAUGCUUCAACGAACUGUGUAUGUUUGGAACUCUGUUCUGAAAAGCUAUUAUAGACAAAAACUAUAUAUAGAAACUCUUCAACUCUUUCAUGAUAUGAUACCUGUUCAAACCCCUGACCAGGCUACAAUAUCAAUUGCUUUAAAUGCGUGUUCUGGGUUACCGAAGCUUCGUUAUGGAAGAAUGAUUCACGGGUUUGUUAAAAAGAGAUAUGAGAUGGAUUCCGAUUUGUUUGUCGGGUCUGCUCUGAUUGACAUGUAUUCAAAAGGCGGGAUAGUCGAUGACGCGUUAAGAGUUUUUGAGGAAUACCCGAAACCGGAUGUUGUUAUGUGGACUCAUGUUAUUACCGGGUGCCACCAGAACGGUGAUUCAGAUUUAGCAUUCGCGUUCUUCUCACAAAUGUUAACGGAUGCGCGUGUGAGUCCAGAUUCGGUAACGCUUGUUAGCGUUCUUUCUGCCUCGGCUCAGUUACCAAACGUAAUAUCUGGAAGUUGUGUUCAUGGAUUUGUAAUUAAAAAUGGAUUCGAUAAUAAUCUGUCGGUGUGUAACGCUUUACUAAACGUUUAUUCAAAAUCGGGCUGUGUUAAUGCAGCCGCUAUGAUAUUUAGAACAAUGGAAGUAAAAGACGUCAUUUCAUGGGCUUCUAUGGUUUCUUGCUAUGCGCAUAACGGGGCUGCUGAACACGCGAUUAAUCUUUUCAAUGAGAUGAUGCGUAAAUCAGCUGAACCGAAUUCAGUGUCGAUUAUAAGCGCGCUACACGCAUGUGAAUCCACGUGUAACUUAACACAAGGCAAGAAAAUCCACGAAAUUGCUGCGAGAACAGGGUUCGAGCAAGACGCAUUUGUUUCCACUGCGCUAAUCGACAUGUACAUGAUGUGUUCUUCGCCUGGUGAAGCCGUUAACGUCUUUGAAAAAAUGCCGAAAAAAGACGCAGUCUCUUGGAUGGCUGUGUUAACCGGAUGCGUACAAAACGGUAUGGCGUACAAGUCAAUCAAGCUUUUCGUCAACAUGCUGUCCAAUCAAAUCGCGCCAGAUGUCGAUGUUAUGGUGAAAAUCCUCGCAGCUUGUUCGGCAUUGGGUAUUUUCAAACAGGUGUUAUGCCUUCAUGGUUAUGUAAUCAAAUCCGGAUUUGAAGAUAAUAGUUUCAUCCGCGCUUCACUCAUCGAAGCGUACUCCAAAUGCGGUAGCUUGCGUAACGCGAUUAAAGCGUUUAAACUUACCGAAAACAAAGACGUUGUCAUUUACAGCUCGAUGAUUGCGGGAUAUGGAAUUCACGGGCAGGGUAAAGAAGCGCUCGAAUUAUUUAACCACAUGGUAAAAAUUUCAAACAUAAAACCGAACAACGUGACAUUUCUUUCGAUAUUAUCAGCUUGUAGUCACGCAGGCUUGAUUAAAGAAGGUAUCAAAAUUUACAACAUCAUGUUAAAUGAAUAUCAACUAACGCCCGAAUCAAAUCAUUACGCGAUAAUGGUUGAUCUUUUCGGGCGCACGGGGGAACUGGAUCAUGCGAUUAACAUUAUCAACGAUAUGACUAUACCAGCCGGGCCACAUAUUUGGGGGGCGUUGUUGGGCGCGUGUAGGAUUCAUCAUAACACAAAACUGGGAGAGAUUGCGGCGACUAAUUUGUUUUCGUCGGAUUCCAGUGACGCGGGAUAUUUCAUACUGUUAUCGAAUAUGCAUGCUGUGAAUAAAGAUUGGGAUAAUGUAGAGAAACUUAGAACUACUGUUAAAAGAAAUAAUUUGACUAAAGUACAUGGUCAAAGCGCGAUCGAGGUUAAUAGUGCAGUUCAUAGUUUUACCGCAAACGACAGAUUUCACCCGAAGACUGAGACGAUUCAUGGGUUGCUUAGAUCAUUAGAGGUUAUGACAAAAGAAGACGGUUAUGUGCUUGAUGUGUGUUCUCCGGUUAAUGAUUCGUUAGGAGUUUGUUAAUAAUAUUCGACUAUUUAUUUUCAUACAAGUUAAGAUAGCAUUAAGACAGAUAAGAUGAACAUAAACUUGACUAAAACACACAGAUAAGAUGCAAUUUUCCCA